GACUGUGACGGGAGGAAGGGGACAGAGAGAGAGAGGGAGAGAGAGAGGGAGCUGAAGAAGCCGUCGCAAGGCUUCAUCACAUUUCUUUCAGGACUGCACGGACCGGAACGGACCACUAACCAAUCACUAGACUGGACUGAUAAUCAAUAGCGGUGAUUAGCAGCGGAGUGAGGACGGUUGCGGGAGACUCUCGGAGGAGCAUGCGGCUCACUUUGCUAUUCAGGCUUUAUGUGCUGUGGGGAUUUGUGGUGGUCACGACCUCCGUGACCAAGGCUGGCCAGAGGAAGGUGGCACGCCGACGGUCCAGACAGGUGUUUGAGGCAGAGCCUGUGGAGGGGGUGUGGUCUGUCUGGGGGGAGUGGUCUGAAUGCUCUCAGUCCUGUGGUGUGGGCGUCUCACAGAGGAGCAGGAAGUGUUUACCUCCUCCACCUCCCCAAACUCCUCCCCUCUCCCACUCUCCACCUAACUGGGCAGGUUAUUUGCCCGGAGGCAUUGGAGGUCCUGUCAUCUCACCUGUGCGCCCCUACUACCCUCCUCGUUACCCUGGGCAACACACACCUUAUCACUCCCCUUCCAUCCCCGCCAAUCACAACCCAGGAUUGUCGCUGUAUCGGAAUACUAACGCCGGGGGAGGAGGAGCUCCUGUACCAGGACAGGCCAAUCCGUCCCCUCCUUUUUACCAACCAGAAUUCUCCCCAACCAAUCAAGAACAUGUGUCUGUUUACCGAUCCCCUUACCACACUCCUUCACAUGGCUACAACCAGCCAGCACGGAUCAUUAGGAGACCGACCAACCCAGGAGCAGCGAGGGCUGGAGGAGGCGGGAGCAGAAGGUCGGUCUCCCCCAGUCGGGAAGGUUUGGCUGCAAGGAGGUCUUCCAGCAUUCGUCCAGGUCAGUUUGGGUACGGCAGGGUCCCGUUCUCUCUGCCUCUGCAUCGCCCCAACCGGCAGGCUCGCCACACUGCCAACGGCACUGACGCUGCAACCCCAGCCGCUGGGCUAGCCGCCAGCGAAGACGCCGCCAGGAGAGAGGAAGAAGAGGCGGGAAGUGAUGGAGAAGAUAGGAAGGCAGGGAGAAGCGAGGUGGAGCAGAGCACUGACGCACCUGCUGCUGAGGAGUCACCCACAACGACCACCACUACUGGUGUCCCACGCCGCCAUGGUGACAGACCCUCACAAACCAAUACAGAGCAUGGGAGAGCAAGAGUCCCAUCCUCUCGCCCCUUCUCACGCUACUCAUCGCCAUCCCUCCCGUCCAGCCGCCACCGGUUUGACUGGCACUCCGUCACCGCGCCGCCUCCUCCCGUCCCUCCUCUCUCCCGCCCAAACUCCCCUGCCGCUGCUUCACCUUUUUCCACUUCUCUUCACCGCUCCAGCCCCCUGCACAGAGACAGGGACCUCCACCCGGGCUUCAGCCCCCAGGUCCCACCAGCCGGCAACGCCUACCCGCUGCAGCACCCCGACAUCCCACACCUGGGAGUCGAAUCAGGCAGGCAUGGAGGAAGAGGAGCUCCUCAGGUGUACAGAUGCUCUGGGCCGGAGAAGGAGUACCGCAGGUGCUUCUCACAGGUGUGUGGAGGAGGUGCAUUGGAGUCCAGAGCAGAGCAGUGUGCAGCCUUUAACACCCAGGAGUUCAUGGGUCGCCUCUACAACUGGGAACCUUUCACUGAGGUUGGCGUGGACAAGCAGUGCGAGCUGACCUGCAGACCUGCCGGCUAUCGCUUCUAUGUUCGUCAGGCCGAGCGCGUCAGAGACGGGACCUCCUGCAUCAACGUCAGUUCAAACGAUGUGUGCGUAGAAGGACGGUGUCUGACCGAGGGCUGCGAUGGGGUGCUGGGCUCCGGUUCUGUCGUUGACAAGUGCGGAGUGUGUGGUGGGAGGGACGCCUCCUGUCGCAAGGUGACGGGAAGCUUCCAAAAUGUCACAGUUCCCCUUGGUUACCACAAGAUCCUGGACAUCCCACCCGGAGCUACAUUCAUUAACAUCACAGAGAGACGGGCCAGCCCUAAUUACCUGGCCAUGAGGAGUGGCACUGGGGCUUCAGUGGUGAACGGGCGUUGGGCUGUGGACCCUCCAGGAGAGUAUCAGGCAGGAGGGACUACCUUCACCUACACCCGACCUAGAGCACAGGCAGAGGGGGAGGAAGAGAGAGGCGAAUCCCUCAGGGCUCCAGGACCCACCACCACACAGCUACAGCUGUAUAUCAUUUUCCACAAGGAGAACCCAGGCAUCGACUACGACUUUUAUGUCCCUGUGGAGAAGAAGGAGGUAGAGAGGGAGAGGCUGAUGGAGAGAGAGAGGGAGACACCCAGGGAGGCGCCCAGAGAGAGGCAGAGGGAGCGAGAGCCAGGGAGGGCACCUCUUCGCAGUCCUCUUACUGUGUCAGUGGAAGACCCUCCUCCAGCCCCUCCUCCUGUUUCAGUCCCUUCUUUCCCCUCUUCCUCCUCCUCCUCCGUCUUUUCCCCUCCCUCCUCUGACCGGUGGACACCUGAGAGGUCACGUCCUCGAGGCUCUGCACCCAACAGGAAUGCUCGGAUCCCCCCUCGCACUGACCUGCCACCGGACACUCAGCCACCAUUUGUGUGGAGGAGAGGUGGACUCACUGAGUGUUCUGCCACCUGUGGCAAAGGUUCUCAGUACCGAGUCGUUCUCUGUAUAGACCGCCAUACAGACGAGGAAGUCCCAGAGAGGAAAUGUGACUCUGCAGCCAAACCUGUUCCUGAGGAGGAACCUUGCAACACACAUCCCUGCCCACCAUUCUGGGAGGCCAGUUCAUGGUCAGAGUGCAGUGUGUCCUGUGGCCCUGGGGUGCAGCAGAGACAGCUGCAGUGUAGGCAGAGCUUUGGGAACCGCUCCACCAUGGUCCAUCCACAGCGCUGUGCCAACCUCACCCCACCAGAGUCCACACAGGCGUGUCAGCUCAGCCUCUGCUCCCACUGGGAGGUCAGAUCCGAGUGGAGCACGUGCUCAGUGGACUGUGGAGUUGGGAGGAGGACGAGGAGUGUGCGCUGCAUCAGCGAUCAGGGCAACAUCGUGAACGACAAGGAGUGCAACUCCAGGGUCCGCCCACAAGGAAGUGAAGAGUGCAACAUGGGGCCGUGUGUAACCAACUGGUACUUCACUGACUGGUCCAACACUUGUUCGGCACAGUGUGGCCCCGGGGUGCAGAGGAGGGAGGUGGUAUGUCUCACUCAAGGAGGGAUCAGGGAGGGCGGAGGAGGAGGCGACUGUGUUGGGGAGAAACCGGCAGAGAUGAAGGCCUGCAACGGGGGUCCCUGUGUACCAACAAGCAUGUGGUACAGCAGCCCCUGGACACAGUGUAAUGUCCCAUGUGGGAAUGGAACUCAGCGACGAGACAUCAUUUGUGUCCAGAAGACGGGGAAUGAUUUUACUGUCGCACCAGCCAGUGAGUGUGCACAUCUGGACAAGCCCGCCACGGUCCAAGAGUGUGAGGUGGGAGAGUGUGAGCCGCAGUGGUUCACGACGGAGUGGAGCGCGUGCUCACGUUCUUGUGGAAGAGGCCUACAAAUGAGGGAGGUUCGGUGUCUAACACCAGACAAAAAGCACAGCCAUGAGUGCGAUUUGAUCACCAAACCUGAACAGGAGCAAAUCUGCAACACAAUACCCUGCAGUCCACAAGUCUCAGAUGAAAACUGUCGGGACAGACGUCACAACUGUGUGAUGGUGGUUCAGGCCAGGCUGUGCGUCUACAGCUACUACAAGAGCGCCUGCUGUGCCUCGUGCACCCAGAGUGCUCAGCGUGCCAAGAGGCACUGAGCAGCAGAUCACAGAGAACCCAGGUGUGCGAGACGUCAAGGAUCAGGUCAAAGGGGCCGAUGACAAGUCUAUAGAAAUGGACAGCCGAGAGUAGACACAAUCCCUGCGAUGGCUGUCAGAAAACAUUUAGCUAUUUUCCCCUGAUUCUUCAGGUAAAACACUGUGAAAGCAGGCGGUUCCUUGUUCCAGUUCUCUGUCUACAAUUCUAUAUUGCCUUUUAGAACCACAUAUUCCACUGAGUUUGCAUCGGUUUACUUUGUGCAUUAGCUUUAACAGGUUCACAGUGUGCUACACAGGGCUGAGUGAUGCAUUUGCGAUGAUUUCAACUCUUUUCUAUGGCUAAGAGAUUGUAAUGGAAGGUGCUCACAGAGGACACAGCUGUGUUUCAGCAGCAAAUGUAACCUUUUUUUUAAAGAUUCUUCAUAAUCAGACAUGCAUACCACUAAUUAUAAAAAGAAAUGUGCUGAACAAAUAAUUAGCAUGUGUGCUAGAUAGAUUGUGUAUACUGUAGUACAAUGUGUGCUGAAGAUCUACUGGAAUAGAUCUACCAUGUUUCUGUACACUGCAGAUGCAGAUACCCCCCAACUAAGCUAGAAGGAGUUUGUUAACAUACCAUGUGUCUUUUUCUGUUUGCCAAAAAUAGUGUCCUCUUAUUGUGCAGUUCAGUAUUUGGACAGAUGAACCAAAGGUGUGGGGUGAGCAUGGCAAUAAGUGACCAAAUAUAUCAGAUCGGGAAAAGGUGAGAUUCAUCCCAAUUUAUAUACGCGGCUGUUCAGUCUGUACAGUCCUUCAACUUGUUCACGUCAAUUAUAUACAGAAUACUGUACAUGUAGGUAUUUUUAAAAUUAGCUGUUGGUGUUAAAAUCUACAGCUAAGGUGUGAAACUAAAAACAAUGCUGCUCACUAGAUAACAAACAUGAGCUGUAAAAAAGAAGAAGAAGAAAAGAUAAGUGAUGAGACUGGUGUUGUUCUUUACUUCUCUUGUCACCAAAUCACACAGAAAGACCAAACCAACGACACGUUAAUCUGCCGGUCGUUACUUUCUGACUUCCUGACCAUGUCUCCGGCACUCAGCCCCAAGUCUGUUUCUUCCUACUGAUGAUUCACCUUUAAAAAUGGAUCACAAAUAUGUAUUUUCAUUUUUUAAAGAAAAUGCUCAGUUAUUUCUGAAACAGCUGGCCACUGUAGUUCUUACGAAUGUCACUCAAACAAGAGAAAUUAGUAGAUUUGUUAGGGACUAUUUGCAGCUGCAGACUGACAUACAUUUGUGGGUAUCUAUGAUAUCAGGACAGUAUAUGUUGGAUUGACUAAAAACAAACUACAGCGCCAAUGUUCGUCUUAAUGAAGGAACACAUCAGCCAGUGUGGCUCAUUUGGAUUUUUUUAGAGUUUCUUUAGAAACGGUGCACCAUGUGGCACAGAGAAAUACGAUAUAUUUCACGUGAUUUCUUGGCAGUCAGAAAUACACUGAAUAUCGCCUUAAACCAUAAACCUGGUGGUGACUCACAGGUUUGGAGAUGUGAAACGACUCUCUCCUGGCUGACCUAAUUUAGCCUUUUAGCGAUCACGUCAGUAUGACGACUGUGCCGGGUAUUAAAAGAACAACUUCGUGCUCUCCCUGUCUUCUCACCUCAUCUCAAUAUGUUUUAUUUACAUCCAUCAUCACCCUCUUGGGAGGAUAUGAUGAAUCUGUCCCCUGAGAGUAUAGAAGUCAGAAUUAGGAAACCUCAUGGGGACUGAGAAAGCUGCUUUCUUAUAAUAGUCUUUUAAUAAUUAAGCUCAUGAUAUGGAUCAAAUGCAAUCAUUCUGCUUUGACCUGAAAGUACAUAUUUUGCAUUCUGAGGCUGCGACCUCUGUAUAUGUGUGUAAGUACUCUUUAUGCUUUUUCUCUCUUUGUCUUUUAUUUGUUUUUACUUUGCUCUUUUUCUUUUCCCACACCUCCCAAGAAGAAAUACACACACAACACACCCCACCCACUCAAGGGUGAGGAGUCUGUAUAUUUGUCAGAUAUGUUUUAAUGUCUAUGAUUUCUUUGAACACAGUAGGUGCUUAUGUUUUUUAACUGAGUAGAGUUAUCAGAAGUGUUGUUGUAGACUGCAUUUAUUCACAUCUAACUGUCAUGUAACUAUUGUAUUUCACAUUUGAGAAGAGAAUCAGUGACUUUAUUGUAAACAGGAAUUUUGGAUGUUUGCGUGCACGUGUGUCUGUGUGUUUGUGUCUGUGUGUUUGUGUGCAUGUGGUUGUGUGUUUUGCGACUGCAGGCGUUGAAUGUGUCAUUGUCUCUAAUCCCUUGUAGUAAAAAUUACUUUUUAUAUAAAACAAAAAAAGAUAGUAAUUUAUCUAUUAUCUGAAGAACAUGUAAUUUAUUUUCUGUUUUGAGAAGCUGUAGCUAAUUUUCUUUGUUACCCCCAGAGUUUAAGAGAUAUUACUGAUACACAGCGAUUUUUUUUUUAUUUGUCAUGCAAAAACAAAAACAGUGUGGAAAAAUUAUUAUCUCAAAGCUUCAUUUUAAAUAAAACUGAAACAACAGA